AGUGAUACACACAGCUUUAGCAGAAUCUGCUCGGCUGGCACUGCACGCGACAGUGUCUGCCAUCGAGGUUUGUUCGUUGGCACUUAACACAAGCUUUGAUUCAACGUCCCUUAAAGCCAAAACCGGACCAAACCGCUACGGAUACCCAUUGGUGACAAACAUGGCCAACACAGAGGGAAGUAAACUUUGGGGAGGUCGUUUCGUGGGAGACACUGAUCCCAUCAUGGAGAAGUUCAACGCAUCUAUCGCGUAUGACCAGAGGAUGUGGGAUGCCGAUAUCCGAGGGAGCAAGGCUUACGUGAAAGCUCUGGAGAAGGCAAAGCUGGUCACCACAGAUGAGAUGCAGCAAAUUUUAAAUGGGCUGAAUCAGGUGUCUGAAGAGUGGUCCAAAGGUGUUUUUGUGAUCAAACCUGGAGAUGAAGACAUUCACACUGCCAAUGAACGCAGACUAAAGGAGCUGAUUGGUGCUCCUGCAGGGAAGCUGCACACUGGCAGGAGCAGAAAUGAUCAGGUUGUGACUGACAUGAGGCUGUGGCUGCGAGAUGCCAUGUCAACCCUGACGGACAAUGCCCUACAGCUGAUGUCUACCAUGGUGGAGCGGGCAGCAGCAGAAAUUGAUGUCCUGUUUCCUGGUUACACCCACAUGCAGAGGGCUCAGCCGAUCAGAUGGAGCCACUGGAUUCUAAGCCAUGCUGUUGCUCUGAGCAGAGAUGUGGACCGGCUUCAGGAGAUUAAGAAAAGAGUUAAUGUUUUACCACUCGGCAGUGGGGCCAUCGCUGGAACACCAUUUGACAUUGACAGGGAGCUGCUGCAGAAAGAGUUGCAGUUUGAUGGCAUCAGUUUGAACAGCAUGGAUGCCACUGGCCAAAGGGACUUUGUUGUGGAGUUCCUGUUCUGGGCUUCGUUGUGUUCGACCCACCUCAGUAAGAUGGCCGAGGACCUGAUGCUGUACAGCACAAAAGAGUUCUCCUUCAUCUCACUCUCUGAUGCCUACAGCACAGGCAGCAGUCUGAUGCCCCAGAAGAAGAAUGCUGACAGUCUGGAGCUGAUCAGGAGUAAAGCAGGUCGUGUCUUUGGCAGAUGUGCAGGUUUUAUGAUGACCCUGAAGGGCCUGCCCAGCACCUACAACAAAGACCUGCAGGAGGAUAAGGAGGCCAUGUUUGACUGCUAUGAUACUCUGCAUGCUGUGCUGCAGGUGACAACUGGAGUCAUGUCAACUCUCAAGAUUAAUCAGUGUGUGAUGGAAGCCGCCCUCAGUCCAGACAUGCUGGCCACUGACUUGGCGUACUACCUUGUGAGAAAGGGGGUGCCCUUCAGAGAGGCUCAUGGUAUCUCUGGCAAAGCUGUAUUCACAGCUGAAUCCAAAAAUAUCGCCUUGAAUCAACUCACUCUCGAAGACCUGAGUGCUGUUAGCCCUCUGUUCGGAAGCGAUGUAUCCGCAGUGUGGGACUACAGGAGCAGUGUGGAGCAGUAUAGCGCCCCUGGAGGCACAGCCCAGAGUAGCGUUGCUGCACAGGUGGAACACCUGAGGACCUGGCUGAAGAAACACACACAGUGACAUCUUCCUAAUGUCACCUUAAAAUGUUGAAUCAGGUUUACUGCCACAAUUUACACUAGUAUGAAAUGUCAGACUUAGGUCAAAAAAUGCAAGGCUCCUUCAAAAACACACCAAGGCACACUGCAAAGUCUGUAAAGUUAAAAUGCCUUUAUUUUACAUGGCAAAAUGAAUAAAAAAGAGUUAAAAAAUGACCAACGCGUAUGAAAAGAUCUUCAUCUUUUCAUUCCCCUUCCUCCCUAGUUUUGUUUUCCUUCUCCUCUCUUUUUUUUUCUUUUUCUUUUUCUUUUUAUUAUUUAUUUAUUUUUUUGCGUUUCUCUUCUUUUCUUCUUUGUGUUUUUUUUGUUCCCCACCCUCAUUUUUUCACUUGGAUACACUUGGUGUCUGGCCAGUGGGUGUGUGCCUUAACAGGGGAUUUCCCGCCUACUCAACUCAUUAGUGUAACAGCAUAGGUGUGCAAGUUACUCCUGUCUGACCCUGAUGAAGACCUAUGUUGGUCGAUACGUGUUGGUCAUUUUUUAACUCUUUUUGAUUCAUUUUGCCAUGUAAAAUAAAGGCAUUUUAACUUUACAGACUUUACAGUGUGCCUUGGUGUGUUUUUGAAGGAGCCUUGCAUUUUUUGAUAUUUUACUGAGACUGUUUGACCCAUGCAAUGAGCCCUUCACCUGAGGAAUAAGAUCUACUUUAUUGUUGCCAAGGAAAAUAGUGCUACACACAGCUGUAAUUAACUUAAAAGAACAUGUAGCCAACAAGACCGUACAGUGGUACACCAAAGACACAAUAAUGAAUUACUAUAACAGCCACGUUACAGUCAUAAAACUCACCUGUUGUAGAGCUCCACAGAGUUUAUUAAAGCACAAGAACAGGGAAGUUUCUUUCUAAUGAUUAGACAAGUUUUAGGCAACAGUGCAAAAGUUUUUAAGAGGGUUUAUGAAGAUACUUUGUAAAAUGCUUAAGAAACAGAAACAAUCAGUGAUCUGUUUCAAAUUUUACUGACAUAAAAUCAACAUUAUCCCCGAAGACUCCAACCUGAGCAUUCCUAAUGUAUAAUUAUCAAAGUCUAUUUGAUAAUAUUACAAGGGUUCAGUAAAAUUUACUGGUUUAUACUAUUAA